CCCCAGAGCCUACCCGACCUUCAUCACUGCCACCAGCGCCACCAGCGCCACCAUCUCGCUCUCCCAACCCAACCGCUGGAGGCAAGGACAUUGAAGUCGCUCUCCGGCCGUCAUCGACGAAUUGAGCCUUGCUCUCCUACCUCCCCUACUGUCCACGUCCCACCGUUCUCGCCCAUAUCCGCGACUCCCUGGCUCUCGCACCGUCGCCAACCGGCCCUUGCAGUCAGGGCAGCGACGCAAUUGCCGUCCUGCCGACGCCCGAUUCCUAGGCAACGGGACGAGCUUGGGCCUCGGCCUGCCCGAUCCCGACUCGCAACGCGCGCGACCAGUCCCGUCCUCUAUCUCUCUCCAUCGACCCUUUCUCAUCCGACCCAGGGACGACCUUGAGCAAGUUGGAUGCUGAGGCGCGCCUCUCAAGGGGCCUCGCAACCACAUCAUGGAGCAGCAGACCGGAACAAGGGCCUCGGCCAAGGAUGCGGGCAAAGCCGCUGACCCUUCGGCAACCCAGCCGGUCAAGGGCAAACCGCGGUUGCUGCUGAUGGGCCAGAGAAGAAGUGGUAAAUCAUCCAUCUCGAGUGUGGUAUUCCACAAACUCCCUCCAAAUGAAACGCUAUUUCUCGAGUCGACAGCUCGUAUACAGAAGGAUUCCAUGGCGUGAGAUGCCCCCUAUUGCUUAUCAUUAUGCCCCUUCUCUUCGUUAUUAACGCGGCCUAGGUCCUUCAUGGAUUUCCAAGUAUGGGAUUUUCCCGGCCAGAUUGACGUUUUCGAGAACUCUGACUUCGACAUGGACGCAAUUUUCGGGGAGAUUGGCGCCCUCAUUUGGGUCAUUGAUGCCCAAGAUGACUACCUCGAGGCAGUCGCACGCCUCAAUUCAACUAUCCUUGCGCUGCAAGGACACUACCCCAACAUCAACAUUGAAGUGUUCAUCCACAAGGUGGACGGUCUCUCUGACGACUACAAGCUCGAUAUCCAACGGGACAUCACCAUUCGCAUUCAAGAUGAGCUUUCGGACAACGGGUUCGAAAACGCACCCGUCACCUUUCACCUCACCUCCAUCUACAAUCACUCCAUCUUCGAGGCCUUUAGCCGCGUCAUCCAGAAGCUCAUCCCGCGGCUCGGCACUCUCGAGUCCAUGCUCACAAAUCUUUGCCGCACGUGCCGGUUCGAAAAGGCCUAUCUGUUUGACGUUCUGUCCAAAAUUUAUAUCGCCACCGACAGUGCCACCGCGGACAUGGCCAGCUACGAAAUCUGCAGCGACUAUAUCGACGUCAUCAUCGACAUCACCGAGGUGUACGGAACGUGGCAGCGGAGCGAUGAGAGUCGCAAGAAGCUCGAGGUUGAGCCGUGGAACUCCAAGCUCGAAGACCAGAUUGGCUGCUCCACGGCCGAGAGCUGCCUCGUCCUGCAUGACAGCAACAAGCCAAUUAUGCUGCGUGAGGUAGAUCGUUACCUCGCCCUUGUGGCAAUCAUGAAGGAUGACUCCUACGACAGGAUGCCGUUGGUGAAUAUGAACGUCGAGGCGGUGGUGGAAGGCUUGACAGAAUUUUUUGACAUCACGAAGCCGAGGAAGUGAUAUACGGCUGUAUGCGCCGUUUGGCUGAACCCUGCACGCAAGACAAGGCGUCACUCAGGUCAUGUACAUAUUUCGUCGAAGCGUUGUAUUGAAUAUUACGAGCAUCACGAGUU